AUGCCGCCCGCACUCCCUCAACUCCUAACCACGGUCCUGACCGCCCUCACCCUCGGUUCCACCGCCCUCGCCCACUCACACCUCGCGUACAUUAUCGUUAACGGCAAGCUCUACCAGGGCUUCGACCCGCGCCCGCACCAGGCCAACUACCCUUCCCGGGUCGGGUGGUCCACCGGCGCCGUCGACGACGGCUUCGUCACGCCGGCCAACUACUCCACCCCGGACAUCAUUUGCCACAUCGCCGGCACCAGCCCGGCCGGCCACGCGCCCGUGCGCCCGGGCGACCGCAUCCACGUCCAGUGGAACGGCUGGCCGGUCGGCCACAUCGGUCCCGUGCUGUCGUACCUCGCCCGCUGCGAGUCGGACACGGGCUGCACGGGCCAGAACAAGACCGCGCUGCGGUGGACCAAGAUCGACGACUCCAGCCCGACCAUGCAGAACGUCGCCGGCGCGGGCACCCAGGGCGAGGGCACCCCCGGCAAGCGCUGGGCCACCGACGUGCUGAUCGCCGCCAACAACAGCUGGCAGGUCGCCGUGCCGGCGGGGCUGCCGACCGGCGCGUACGUGCUGCGCAACGAGAUCAUCGCGCUGCACUACGCGGCGAGGAAGAACGGGGCGCAGAACUAUCCGCUCUGCAUGAACCUGUGGGUGGACGCCAGUGGUGAUAAUAGUAGUGUGGCUGCAACGACGGCGGCGGUGACGGCGGGGGGUCUGCAGAUGGAUGCGUAUGACGCGCGCGGGUUCUACAAGGAGAACGAUCCGGGCGUGCUGGUCAAUGUCACGGCCGCGCUGUCGUCGUAUGUCGUGCCCGGGCCGACGGUGGCGGCGGGCGCCACGCCGGUGCCGUACGCGCAGCAGAGCCCGAGCGUGUCGACGGCGGCGGGCACGCCCGUCGUCGUUACAAGGACUAGCGAGACGGCGCCGUACACGGGCGCCAUGACGCCGACGGUUGCGGCGAGGAUGAAGGGGAGGGGGUAUGAUCGGCGGGGUUAG